UUUCGCAAGCUCAGCCCAAACAAACGCAUUAAAAAGUAAAAACCCCCCAAACAACCCUACUCCCAAAAUUUCCAAACCCUAGAAAUCGAGAAACUCCACUUCUACUCCUCAGCGAGCACAAUACUUCUAGAGUGUGCGGCAGCCAUGGGAGAAGAACAUGAAGAAUCAAGCAAAAUCGGUCCAAUUUUCAGAGAUAUUCGUCGUUAUUACUGCGAAUUCUGCGGUAUUUGCAGAUCUAAAAAAUCUCUCCUCACCUCGCAUAUCCUCUCUCAUCACCAGGAGGAGAUGGAAAAGAGGAGAGAGAUUGAGGAGGAAGAAGAAGAAGAAGGUGAAGAGAAGAAGUGUAAUAACACAUGCGAAGAAUGUGGAGCUACUUUUAAGAAACCUGCUCAUUUAAAACAACAUAUGCUUAGCCACUCUGUUGAGAGGCUCUUUACUUGUCCAGUAGAUGACUGCAAUACUAGUUAUAGAAGGAAGGAUCACUUAAAUCGCCACCUUCUUCAGCAUCAAGGGAAGCUGUUUAAAUGUCCGGUGGAAAAUUGUACUAAGGAGUUCACUGUUCACGGGAACAUUAGUAGGCACAUGAAAGAAUUUCACGAACAUAAGCCUGCUGUACCUGACAACGGAAAGGAACAAAGCAAACACGUUUGUCAGGAAGAAGGGUGUGGAAAGGAGUUCAAAUAUGCAUCCCAGUUGCGGAAGCAUGCCGAAUCACAUGUUUUGCAAUCUUCAGAAACAUUUUGUGGUGAUCCUGGCUGUAUGAAGCCCUUUGCAAGUGUCGAGUGUCUCAGGGCUCAUAUGAGAUCUUGUCACCAAUAUGUAAACUGUGAGGUUUGUGGUUCUAAGCACCUAAGGAAAAAUUACAAGCGGCACUUGCAAACUCAUGAUGAGCACUUACCCACUACACUGAAAUGCAGCUUUGAGGGUUGUAAUCACUCAUUUACCACAAAAUCAAAUAUGCAACAACACGUAAAGGCAGUACAUUUGAAGCUGAAACCCUUCAUCUGCAGCAUCCCUGGCUGUGGCAUGAGAUUUGCUUUCAAGCAUGUGAGGGAUAACCAUGAGAAAACUAGUCGCCAUGUUUAUGUUCAUGGGGACCUUGAGGAAUUUGAUGAGCAAUUCAGAUCAAGGCCUCGUGGUGGGCAGAAAAGAAAGCUUCCAGAUAUUGAGAUGCUCAUGCGUAAAAGGAUUAGCGCACCUAAUCAUAGUGACAGUGCCCAGAACCGAAGCUCAGAGUUUCUGAUGUGGUUGCUUUCCGAUGAUACAUGAUCUAUCUCUAGCAUGAAGCGAAACCUUUUUGUAAAUUUUGUAGGCUAGAAAAUUCAGAUAACUAGAUAAGUAGUUUCUGCGAGUUUUGUAUAUUAGCACUUUAGCAUAUUAGCUAUAUUGUGAAUGCGUGAGGGUAGAUUUAUAAUGUUGAUGUGGUCAUACUUGUUUUUAAGGAGGUUGAAAAUAUGUUAUUAUAUUUGUUGCUAUUUGGUAGAAAACAUUAAACCUUGAGUUGAAAAUGUUUAAUUUCUCAUUUUUGUAUAAAUAUCUUAUUUAAGAA